AUGAGCAUCGACGACUGUGAUGUCCUCAUUGUGGGAGCAGGUCCCGUCGGCCUCCUACUGGCCCUUAUGCUUCGCCCCAAGGGCGUCAAUGUCAAGAUCGUUGAGCGGCAGAGAGCCCUCUACCCUCUGCCUCGUGCGGUUGCCUUUGAUCACGAGUCUCGCAGGCUCUUUGGCUCCCUUGGUCUCACCGAGGAGCUGAACCCCAUUUUGGAGGAUAUCAUGGGCGAGGGUGGUGAAAACGGUACCAACUAUGUGUGGCGAGACGCCGAUCUGAAACUCAUUGUCGACCUCUUCUUUGAAGCUCCCACGCGCUCAGGCUUCCCCCUGUCAAUGGGAUUUAACCAGCCCGAGUUGGAGCAACUGCUGGACAAGACCGCCAUUCAGCGCAACAUUCCGAUCAUGAGAGGCUACACCGUAUCUGCCCUGGACCAGCACGCGGACAGUGUCGAUGUGCUUCUUGAGCCCGUCACCUGCAAGCAGGGGACCACGAUUGAAGAAAGAGACUCUCCGAUCGCUACCAAGGGUGGUGAAGCUCCCCACACUCGCCGCGUUCGAGCCUCAUACGUGGUGGGAUGUGAUGGAGCCAACUCGACCGUCCGUCGCCUCCAGAACUUUUCAAUGACCAACCUGGACUUUGAAAACGACUGGCUAGUUGCGGAUAUCCUUUUGCGCGAUGGCUACGUACCACCCGAGGUUCGAAAGGUUGGCGCGGCCCAGAUCUGCGACCCGAAGCGCCCGACCUCAUGUGUCUGGGGUGGAAUUGGUCGCAAGCGGUUCGAGUUUAUGCGACUUCCUGGUGAGAGCAAAGAAUCUUUGCUCCAGGACGACACGAUGUGGGGCCUGCUUGCGCCGUGGGGAUUCACAAAGGACAACUGCGAUCUCGAGCGCAAGGUCAUUUAUACGUUCAGAGCUCGCUGGGUGGACAACUUUGUCAAAGGCCGCGUGACGUUGGCCGGCGAUGCUCUCCACCAAAUGCCUCCCUUUAUGGGCCAAGGUCUCAACUCGGGGUUCCGUGACGCUGCAGCCCUCGCCUGGAGAUUGCCUCUGAUUCUCUCCGGAGUUGCAAACGCCGACGCCGUGCUCAGGAGCUACCAGGAGGAGCGCCUCGACCACGUUAGCCGGCUAACCGUGGACUGUGUGCAACUCGGUUCAGUAGUGUGCGAGACAGACCCUAUCAAGGCCAGGCAAAUGCACGAAGCAUUGCGCAAGAAUCCUCCUCCCGGCUUUUACGACCCCCCACUUGGUCGCCCAGGAAUCCUUACCGCUCAGCCGGAAGCGGGACACCUUUCCCUGCAGCGAGAGCUGAAGACCGGGGAUGGGCAGCACCUGUUCGACGAGGUCCACGGAUACGGCUGGAUGCUGUUGAACCUCGGGGACACGUCGGCAAUGAGUCAAAUGUCAGACGUGUCGUGCCGAUUCUUUGGUGACGUUCUUGGAGGCAAGUGCGUGUCCAUCUCGCCGAGCGAGGACACCGAGGGCGAGUACCGUGAUUGGUUCGACACUCACAUGGGGCUCGACCAUGUGGUGCUCAUCCGUCCAGACUUUUACGUCUUUGGACACGCGGCGGUGACUGAAGUGGACGGCCUGGUGGAGGACCUGCGACGCAAGUUGAGCGGCCUGUAG